AUCCGUUGGGUUCUUACUUUAAGGGACUCGAGAAGUCUUGUCAGCUCCCAGCAGUAGAAACUUUGAUCUUUUAACGCCCCGAUCUUCAGCCAUUUGUAAUACGUGUUUAAUUAAUAGUCACAGGACAUAAGUGACCAUGGUGCUCAAUAGUUUGGAUAAGAUGAUUCAACUCCAGAAAAACACGGCUAACAUCAGGAAUAUCUGUGUCUUGGCUCAUGUUGACCAUGGAAAAACUACUCUGGCUGACUGUCUUAUAUCUAGCAAUGGCAUCAUCUCCAGUCGCCUGGCAGGCAAGUUAAGGUACAUGGACAGCAGAGAGGAUGAACAUGUCCGAGGGAUCACGAUGAAAUCCAGUGCCAUUUCACUACAUUAUGCAAAAGGUGAGGAGGAGUACCUGAUUAAUCUGAUAGACUCUCCAGGACAUGUGGAUUUCUCCUCAGAAGUAUCGACGGCUGUUUGCAUUUGUGAUGGGUGCAUUAUUGUGGAUGCUGUGGAAGGGGUCUGUCCGCAGGUAGUGGAUUGUAACAUGGAAAUAUUUAACUGCUUAAAGAAGGUGUGGGGAGAGAGGAGGAACUGACUGCCGAUGACUCUGCCACUUGGGACAUUUCACUGACCAUCAGAAAGCUGGUUUUACAUUUCACAUUCAGUAGUGUUCUGGUCUGUGAUGGAGUUAAAUCCCCCAAGAUUUGAAGGGGUAGUAGAGAGAAUGACUUUAAGGUACCUUGAUGUGUCUGUCAUGUCCUCUUGGAGAAGAACUCAGCAAAAAUGGGAGAGGUGUUUAGGAGGAUCUGGAGGUUUCACUCUGGUGGAAAAGUUUCUGA